AUGGUUUUUGGGCUGCUGUGCCUCUUCUACAUAAGCGCGCUGCUUUUCUUGACAAUAGCAUCGCCCGUGGAAUUGGGCUCGGAUCUCAAAUUUGAAGCAAAGUCAGACCGUACUUGGCUGUGGGGUUGGGCCUGGGGUACGGAGAGCACCGUCUCUGUCGUUGAUCGCACUCCCGCUGUGUCUUUUCCCUCAAGGCCAGCGGCUUUCGGGGCAGAGAUUAAUGAUCCGCUUCUGGGAUAUGUUAUUCCAUUGUCAUCAUUCACUACACCAUGUCGAGCAUCUUUAAAUGCGUCAGAUAUUACUUUGCCUUUCAAUUCUGGAUGUCCCGACCUUUGCCUUAACGGCUCUGAACGCCCCACCGAGACAUGGAUUGCACUUGUACAAAGGGGCAAGUGUGAGUUUGUUAAGAAGGUUCGCGAAGCACAAAGGCUCGGUGCGAAAGCAGUAGUUGUCGGUGGAGAGGAUCCAGAGAUUUCUGGUUUUCCAGACACCCUGGUUAACAUGUACAGUCCGGAAGAUUCUUCAGAUAUCAAGAUAUCAGCCACCUACAUCAAGUAUACAGACUACAAAGAGCUUUUCUCCCUUAUAUCACAUUCAAAUACGACACACUCUGGCUUGCGUACACUGUCGCUCCUUAUUACAGCAGAGUAUUCCGCAUGGGAAUGGUAUUCGCCCAUCAUAACCUUCAUUAUAAUUCUUUUGUUGCCUUCAGCUUUGACUUUUAUUACGCUCCUCAUCCACAGAAUCCGUGCUGCUAGAGCUGCCCAACGCGAUCGUGCUCCGGAAGAUGUCGUUAGGAAUCUUCCGUGGCGCGUUUGGACCGGCAGCGGAUGGGAGAAGCAUGAGGGCGGGGAGGAUGCAAACGCUUUUCCUGACGUCACCCCUUCUUCCGCCGACCUUGAAGAAGUAGUUGUAUCCAAAGACAGAUCAACCCCUGAGACGACUGCUGGACCUCCUAUUGAGGAAAAUGCAUCCACAUCCCUCCCUGCUAUACCCCCUGACAACCAGCCUUGGUUUGAGACACAAGUAGAAUGUGCUAUCUGUCUUUCAGAAUUUGCUAAAGGUGACAAAGUUCGAGUAUUACCCUGUCAUCACAUAUUCCACCUUCAUGAGGUGGACGAAUGGCUUAUACAGAGAAAAAAACUGUGUCCUGUGUGUAAGGCGGAUGUCACUCAACCCAAACCAGAAUCUCCUACCACCACCACCCAUCCGUCUGAUAACGACCAAAGUCAAAGCGAGCAACCUCAAUCGCUCCGACCCACGCCAACUGCUGAUGCCACAGAACGAACCCCUUUGCUUACGACCCGUCCCGAGGAACAUAAUUGA